CUUGAAUGUUGGCAGGUUGACAUAGGAGCUUUCCGGACUUACCCCCAAGGAUAUCAACCUCCUGUCGAAGAAGGGCCAUCUGAGUAUCAGUCUAUUCCUCUGAGCAAAAUCGAAGAUUUUGGUGUACAUUGCAAGCAGUACUAUUCGUUAGAUGUUACUUUUUUCAAAUCCGAAUUAGAUUCCCAUAUUCUAUCUGCUUUAUGGAACACUUACUGGUUGAACACAUUGAGCAGCUCCCCUCUUUUGACAAAUGCUGGAUAUAUUAACAAUCAAAUAGGUGACCUAAGCAUGAAGUUAAGACAGGUCGAAAAGAAAUGGGCGCGGUGCGAACGUGCCAAUGACGUUAUUGAGCAGCUAGAUAAGGUUGGACUUUUGCUUUUCUCGCAGUUCGAUUAA